AUGUUGGGGUUCGACAAGUUCUCUGCCGCCUGGCUCAUGGCCAUUAUGUCGGUCAAGCCAGUGACAUCGACCCUCCUAUACGCCGCUUCGCACGCCGGAACCGUCACCACUCUCGAUCUUCAGACUUCGGAAUCUGGAACGACUUUGAAGGCCAUUGCCACGAACACUGAUUGCGCGGCGAACCCCUCUUGGCUCACUCUCGAUCAGUCAAAGUCCCUGCUCUACUGCGCCGAUCGAGGACUUACAAACCCCAACGGCACGCUCGUCUCUUUCCAAAAGUCUGAGAAUGGGACACUCGAGUUGCUUGGAAAGCUCCCUACUAUCAAGGGGGCUGUGAGCUCCGUCGUCUAUGGCAAGAAUGGUGGAGGCAUUGCCUUGGCUUCUUAUCCGGCGUCGUCCUUUGAAGUCUUUUCCGUGGAGGACCCGACCGACAUCAAAAGACUUCAGUCUUGGACGUACACGCUGAGCCAGCCAGGACCGAAGCCGGCACAGAAUGCCCCGCAUCCCCACGAGGCCAUCCUUGACCCCACGGGGCAGUACGUGCUAGUGCCGGAUUUGGGAGCGGAUUUGGUUCGGGUUUUUGCAAUCAACCAGGAAUCCUACCAACUGACGCCGGUUACCCCGCUGAACGUUGCGGUUGGCAGUGGUCCCAGACACGCCAGAUUCCUCGUCGCCAAGGAAAAGACUUACUUCUUUGUUCUAGCCGAGCUUGGGAACAUUGUCACCACGUACGAAGUUCACUAUGGUCGCAACAAGACCUUGAGCUUUACAGAAGUCUUCAGCGUCGGUACCCACGGCCCCGAUAACACGGUACCUGUUGGGGCUGCCGCAGCUGAGAUCCACAUCUCGCCUGACUCCGAGUAUCUCAUUGUCUCUUCACGAAACGUUAGCAUCUUCAGCAUUCCCAACUUUGACACCACCAACACCACCGAGAUCAAGAGCGACGCCCUUGUUACUUUCAAGAUCGAUCACAAGACCGGUCACCUGGGUUUCACGCAGAUCUUCCCGUCAGGCGGCAUGAUUCCCCGCCAGUUCUCGAUCAAUAAAGCUGGCACUCAAGUUGCUGUGGGUUUGCAGCAGGACGGACGGGCGGUCAUUAUUGAUCGCGAAGUGAGCACCGGUCUUCUGAAGGGGUUCGCCGCGAACAUUUCUAUUGCGGGCGAAGUUGUUUGCGUUAUCUUUGAUGAGUGA